GUAUUUUCGGACACACUCUGUUCAAUCUCCUCUGCUUUCAUGUUGUGCGCGCUUGACGAAAAGGUCGACACAGUUGGUUGCUGAACGAAGGACAGAAACUGCAUGUCAAUGUUCCUGAUGAAUUUGGUUUUUCUAACUGACCAUUGGAACUUUUCUGACAGUCUGUGCGGUAAAAUCUGCACGAGAGUUGGAAUCCCCUGAUAUCGGAGACCCUGCCAUUGUGUCAUUUUUUGAUGUUGUCAGAGAUCCAUACACGGAUGGAUUGCUACUCCACUUAUCGAUUCUGGGAAAAAGCCACGUCCAUGUCUGGUGACACAACCCCUGAAACCGUGUUCCAUGCUGAUGAUGCAUUACAGCCAGAUCCUCUUGUAGACUUCCUAUAGUCGAGUCUCUUGCUAAAAUUCUCAUAGACCCUUGCUAAAGCCUGCUUUGAGAUCUCCUACAGUUGGGACCAUAAGCACAUGUCUAGGAUCAGCUUUUCCUCCCCCAAUUAUAAUCUCAAUCAUUAAUGAAGGAAAAUUUCACAACUGACCUUAAAUCAGCUUCAAGGGACACUGUCAUCCUCCUAUUGGGAGUGGUGUGUCUCAUUGAUGUCACAAUAUAGAAGACUCCCUGGCCUGCCUUCAGAGCUCCCGCAGUCGCCAAUGGCUGCGUCUCCACUCCCAGAGCGUGACUCUGUGACCCUUCUGAAGCUGCAGGAAGUGGAUCCCAGCCGUGUUGGCCGCAGUGGCCGCAUCCUCUCGCCCAUCUUCAGCGCCCCGUCCCCGGCGCUGCCCAUGGAGGCCCACCCCAUCUGCAUCCCCUCGCCAUACACUGACAUCGGGCACGACUUCAACCCCUUGUCCUUCUACAGCCCCACUCUGCUGAGCUACGCUGGGCCCGCGCUCUCUGACUGCCCAUCCACCCACCAGUCCCUCAGUCCCUCCCUCUUCUGGCCCCCCCAAGCUCACAUGGGGCCUCCAUUGUCUCUGCACCAUCGGCCACAAUCUCGCCCACAGCAAGGCCAGCCAACCCGAGUGUCCUGGGCGGAGCCCCACACCCUAUCUGAGAGCAGCAAGCCUCUGAGGAAGCGCUCACAGGAGGGUGAGGAGACGGUCAUCUCGCUGGAAGGGAAGGCUGAACUGCACUUCUGUGCCGUGUGUCACGACUACGCGUCGGGCUACCACUACGGGGUGUGGUCCUGCGAGGGCUGCAAGGCUUUCUUCAAGAGGAGCAUCCAAGGUCACAAUGACUACAUCUGCCCGGCGACCAACCAGUGCACUAUCGAUAAGAACCGCCGCAAGAGCUGCCAGGCGUGCCGCCUCCGCAAGUGCUACGAAGUGGGCAUGACAAAGUGUGGCAUGCGUCGCGACCGCAGCAGCUACCGGGGUCAUCAACCGAGGCGCGUGGGUCGCUUCUUCACCCGGGGCACUGCUAGCGGGCCCAAGCGGGUCCUAGCUGAGGGGGGCGAGCCAAUCAAGGAACUCUGCCCCACAGUAUUAACCCCGGAGCAGCUGAUUGGCCGGAUCAUGGAGGCAGAGCCACCGGAGAUCUUCCUCCAGAAGGACAUGAGGAGGCCCCUGACGGAAGCCAACGUCAUGAUGUCACUCACCAACCUGGCCGACAAGGAGCUGGUCCACAUGAUCAGCUGGGCCAAGAAGAUCCCAGGAUUUGUGGACCUGUGCCUGUUCGACCAGGUGCACCUGUUGGAGUGCUGCUGGUUGGAGGUGCUGAUGCUAGGGCUCAUGUGGAGGUCUGUGGACCACCCUGGUAGGCUCAUUUUUUCCCCCGACCUCAGCCUGAACAGGGAAGAGGGGAGCUGUGUGCAGGGUUUCGUGGAUAUCUUUGACAUGCUGCUAGCUGCCACCUCCAGGUUCAGAGAGCUCAAGCUGCAGAGGGAGGAGUACGUCUGCCUCAAGGCCAUGAUCCUCCUCAACUCCAACAUGUGCCUGAGCUCCUCGGAGGGGAGCGAAGAGCUGCAGAGUCGCUCGAAGCUCCUGCGCUUGCUGGAUGCCGUAACAGACGCACUGGUGUGGGCCAUCGCAAAGACAGGCCUCAGCUUUCAGCAGCAGUCUGCGCGCCUCGCCCACCUGCUGAUGCUGCUGUCACACAUCCGCCACGUCAGUAACAAGGGCAUGGACCACCUGCACUGCAUGAAGAUGAAGAACGUGGUGCCCCUGUACGACCUGCUGCUGGAGAUGCUGGAUGCCCACAUCAUGCACAGCCCACGGCUGCCCCAUCAAGCCAACUCAGCGGGCCCCUGUCCAGAGGUGAGACCCCCGCAGCCCACCACCUCAGCAGCUGCCCCGGCCAGACAUGGACCCCCAGCAGCAGAAGCGAGCCUCAACAGCAGGAGCAAUUGGACUGCAGGGACCCCAGUAGAAAGACAGUGGUGAAAAGGGAUCUCUAGCAGCAAAAAGGACAAUGGAGAGAAUGUGACUGGGACCCUUGUGGACGGCUACUUCUUGGAACGGCUUUUAACACCACUCUGAAACAGAGGAACUGGAACGAGUAUAAGGGUUUUUCAGAUCGUGCCUGGGAGGGGCUGCAUCCCAAUGCUGUCCAAUGAAAUCUCCUUUCAGGCAUUAGCACUGUUCUUGACUUUUCUCGGAGGUCGCAAACAUAAAAAAUAUAACAAUAUUUAAUGUCCCUGCUAAAGCUGCCUUUUGGUUUAUGAUCAGGUUUGAAUGGAGCCUAGCUGGGGCGACCCACGUGACCACCCAGCGAGGACAAGUUGUGACUGACUGGUCUGGAAAGGAGGCAGUUUGUUAAUGCAACAUUUGCUCAGAAAUUGAGCAGACUCAUCAAUUUAGUUUUAUGAAAUGUUUUUUCCCCCACAGGGGCUUGAGACCUCUCAUUGUUUGAAUUUGAAAAUCCAACAGUUGUAAUGGAAGGGAGUGGCGCUCGUGUGUUUUGAGUGAGAACCAACCAGAAAAAGCACAGCCCUUCAUUAUCAACGCAUCGUGCUGACAACAUCAAAACAGCCUUUCCAGACUCUGAAGUCAGGAGACUUCAAGUUCGGUAUCAGCCAUACUAGUUUGAAAGUAGAAUCUAUGAGAAAGUCUGAAAUGAAACAUCAGUGGAUGAGUGGCAAUGAAGGAAAGGAGAUGAGAGGAAGGCAGUUAGGAGUAGCCUACAGGGACACAGAGAAGCCCAAGAAAAGGCACUUUCAACAGUCAUCAUGGACACUCCCCUCUUCUUUUGUACUGUCUGAGGGCGACAGGUAGCCUAGUCAUUACAGCGUUGAGCCAAUAACCUGAGCCGACAACGUGCAAAAUCUGUCGAUGUGCCCUUAACCCCAAUUUGCUCCAGGGGCGCCAUACUACAAUGGCUGACCCUGUAAAACAACCCAUAUUUGCUGCACCUGUCUGGUGUGUGACGUGUUGUUUAUUUUUUUUACUGUCAAUGGGAUAAUCUGUAUAAAUAAAGCAUCAAUAUAAAUAAAUAUAACUUUGAGUGACAAUCAAAAUAUAGAUGGCCAUUUGCACUGGUUCAAAUAGUUUAACUGUCAUGGAAGAAAGAAAAACACAUUUUAAAACUAUAUACUUCACCUCAAGAUCUUAUUCCUUUGCUUUACCCUUAGGUUUUUGUUCCACCAUCUGUAUAGCUUCAAACUUUGCAUACAGUACGCAAAUUAGGCACAUGUCCUAAUAAACAAAUAUAUGUCCAGCUGAAAAGGUGGAGGUGAAGGGUCAUGCUACUGUCAUUCCACUCUAGAACACAUUCCCUUAAAGGUGGACUCCACAAUAAUAAUAUCAUCAUACACAGUGGGACAAAGUCCUGUUUGAAUCAACAAUAAAAUCUAAAUGACACUAUUUUGUCUCCUCAAAUAAAGAUGCAAAUUAAGACGGAAGAUAAUAAUAAUAAUAAUAUAUGCCAUUUAGCAGACGCUUUUAUCCAAAGCGACUUACAGUCAUGUGUGCAUACAUUCUACGUAUGGGUGGUCCCGGGGAUCGAACCCACUACCCUGGCGUUACAAGCGCCAUGCUCUACCAACUGAGCUACAGAAGGACCACAAAGAUUUUUUAAUUCCUUCGCAAAAAGUGCCUAUUGGUCCAAUCCCAUCUUCAGUAAUGGGAGUGUGACUCAAAACAUUCAUACAAAUUCAUUUGGGACUUACUUGAAUGUCAGUUUUACAUCCGCAUGUCUCUAGCUAAAAUUCAGCCCUUCAUACUUGGGCAAUGUGAUCGAAUUCUGACCACAAUGUUGUUUCUGUGUUUAUUCCUCCCGGGAAGAAAGCAUGGUGAAAUGAAGAGAUACAAUAAUUGUAAUAUUGUAAUAAGACUCACGCCUUUCAAAGAGCACAGUGCAACGCUGUUAUGUUUAUGUACCACUUUAUUUAUGACUGGCCCAAUAAGGCCCAGUACAAGUUAAAUUCCCGGUUUAAAACACGGUGUCAUCUUGACAGUUUUGGAGGGAGGGUCUUAGGCGUGCGAACCCGAAGUAGAAAAUACAUUUAUUUGUGUGUUUUGUUUUAGACCUGUUGUACUUUGUGUAGUUGCUACUGGAGACCAAGAAAGUGUUUAGAUUGUGCCUUCUACAUAGCGACCAGCUUGUCUUAAACGCACACAUCAGCUGUCCUGACUGUUUAUUAUAUCUGUUAUGUCUUUGUGAUAACAGUAUUAUGUAGCGGCGAUUAUGACUGGUUCAAGUAAGGUGUUGCCUAUAACAUAACCCACCUGCUAACUGGGCCUUUCCAUCCAUUCAUCAGCUUUGUGUUGUCCUCACACCUGACAAUAUUUAGGCCAGGAUUCAACCCGAGUCAUGUUAGCUCUGUCGACAAUGCAGCUUUUAAAGGCAAUAUUCCUACAUUUGUGUUCACGGUAAACACUCUACAACAUGCAUUGGAUUGAAUCCAGGCCUUAGAAUGCCAAUGAUACAUUCAACUAAUGUGAGGUCCUAAAGAUACACACAAUAGGAUCACAAUCAAAACAACUGAAUAUUAGGAAUGUGUUCCUAAUGUUUGGUAUACUCAGUGUAUAUAGAGCAUGUCUGCAUUCCUGAUUUCUGUUACCGUUAGUUUAUCUGCAUAAUAUUGACUUAAGCUCAGAACCACUUGUUUUGCAAACAUGGUCCUGUUUUAUAUAUUGCUGUGCUGAUCAAUGGACAGUUCAUGACCUCUGUCAAAUGAAUAUGUAGCUUAAAAUUGUGUUUAUUUCAUUUUGCAAUAAAGAUGGUGACGCUACAAUAAUGCACAUUUAAAUUAGGCCUAUAUCCAAAAACACAUAUGGCCUAAUGAUAUAUUUUCGGCUUCAGACGAACGUCUAGUUCUCACAUAGUUUUUUGGGGGGAAUUAAAGCCUUUUCAAAGCCUUAAUAAUCAACUAUGUCGCAGUCUGCUUUUGCCAAGCUUGUAGUAAUAGAAAAGCAGAGUGCUAGCUUUAUUUCCUGUGCUAAUUUAGCCAAUUCCCUUUCAGUAGCGCUAUAUUACCUACCUAGGCUAUAUUUACUCAGGUCGAAGGAAGCAUAUUAUUUACUUUUGAUGACCAGACAGCCAUAGCUGCAUCCCACACUUUUAAUUUGUAAUCUCUCAUUUUGGGGAGAUUUCUAGCAUCAAUAACAAAGUACAGUAUAGGACCUCUUGAGAUAUGAACUCUUCGGGAAUGGAGGUUGUUCAGAAUGCUGACGUAUUCUUUACUUUGAAAUUGAUUUAACGCAUCAAACCUUUGUAAACAAUAUGAUUUACUUAUUAAUAUGCAUUUUCUAACCAUUUAGUAAAAAAACAUUUACGUUUCUGUAAUCUACAGACUCAGGCGCAUGAGCAACAUUUACGUUUUCUUUGCAAUUAAUAAUACAUUUCCCGGUUCCAUAUUUCCCGUUUGAUCGGUCAGUCCGUAACUCGAGGUUCUACACUUUAACAUGAGAUCUAAAAUAGUAUGCGGAUGCUAAUUGCUAUCUCUGGGUCCAUUUCGUCUGUCAUUUAGAAAAAUGGUUAACUAAGGCCUAGAUUCAAUCAGUUCAGAGUUAACCCGUGAUAACCGACAACUGCAUUUUAUAUCAUUUAUUUUGUUUGGGCAGUGUCAUUUCUACAUAGCCUACACGUUCUCAUUCUGAACUUCUAACACGGGUGGGAUUUAAGGAUGGGUUUGGUUUCGUGACAAUGACCACAAGAGUGGGUGCUCACCGAUUUGACAGCUCCAACGCAGUUACCCCAGACCUCGUCCAAACAAAAGCAAUAUGCUAUACAGUUGUCGUUUAUCGUGGGUUAAUGCAGAUCUGAUCUGAGUCUAGGGCCAUAGCUCACAUCAGCUGUUUAAUACUAUAAGACAAACACCAUUGAUUUUGUCAACACCAACAGAAGACUCCUCUCAAGGCAAGAAAUGUUUUUGAGUUAACUCUUUUUAAUUCAACUAGUCAGCUGUGCACAAGACCUUUCACUUUCCCGAUGACUGAGCCAUUUGUAGCCCAGCUGUGCAUUCUGCUUUGAACGAUCUUUGAGAAUGCUGUACACUGCCAGCAGGAUAAGGAUACACAUGCUUUUUCAACUGUAACGUGAGUGCUUUAAAUGUCAAGGUUUCCCAAUGUGAAUUUUUAUGUGGAUUUUGUCGCACAGGAGUAUGUUUCUUUGAAGAAUAAAAAUUAAAUUAUGAA